CAGCUUCGAUAUUUCGAUGAAUGUCACACCACCACUGGUCACAUUCUUCGAGCGGAUAUAGCGUUUUUCCAAACGCCAGACAAAAAUCGAAAAAAAACGAAACUAUAACUUGAUCAUCCAAGCAGGUAAAAGGCCCUACGCCCGUCCUGCCACAAACGGAAAUCGGAAAACUUAGAAAAAAGAAGCAACCGGCUGGGAAAAAGCAUUGAUUCACACAGCGAAGCAAGGGCGGCAGUGGCAUAGACAGCGACAGCGACACCGAUAGCGACAUCGGCAGCGGCAGCGGCGGCAGAAGCAUCAACGAAGCGGCGGCGGCUUCCAGGAGCUCUCCUCUUACUCCACCACUCGGAUCUCUCUACUUCUCGCAUCAGGCAACCACUCAGCCAUAGGUAAGCGGCAACGACAAAAUCUACAUAUUGCAAAAAACCAGACAACAACAAAUUGAUAUUUUCAAGUAUUCUAUUCUAUUCCCCUCCAAAACGAAAAACGAACUAAAAUGUAAAAAGUAAAAGUCACCCAAAGUGAAAAGUGGUUCAAGUUCUUCAGUCAAGUAGUCGGUCGCGAAAAGUGCGCAAAAGUCCGCAGAAAGAAAAAAAAAAAAAAGAAAAGUUGUAAAAUAAGAAAAAAAAAAAAGAAAAGAAAAAAAAAAUUUAAAGAACAAUAACUCUCUCCCGUGUUUCUGUGUCUGUGUGUUCGUGUCCUACCUGUGUGUGUACAUUCAGUUGCCAGAGGAAAAGCGAGAGCGGGAGGUGGUGGUGCUCAGAUCUCCCCCAAUUUUUUGAUAAGUCCCGUAAUUGCAAUUGCAAUUGUUGUUCUUGUUCUUGUUGUUGUUGGUGCACAGCACUGUGCACGACCUUAACUCUCCGCCACUCUCUCUCUCCCUCGCUUUCUCUCUCCCGCGAGUAAAAAGUAACAGUAGCACACAGAACAUAAUCAAUAAAUUAAAAAGUUAAAGCUUAUAAAAAAUGAAGAAACGCGACUUGAGAGGAAUCCGGAGGAGAUCCCAUGGUCUUAGACAUGGAGUCGGACGAUUCUCGUGCCAGCUCUCCGUCCAACUCCUCGGAGUCGCGCUCCAAUUCGCCCGCCAACAACAAGGAUGCCGCCUCACACGAAGCGGCGGCAGAUGCGCGCCCUCCCAUCGCCGCAGCCCGGUCGGCGCGGUCCGUCUCCACCAGCUCCAGUUCCUCGAACUCCAGCUCCAGCUCAAGCCGCAGCGCCAUAUCGAAGAACAUGAAGAAGAGCUCGUCCAGCAGCAGCGGCAGCGGGAGUGGCAGCAGCUCAUCCAGCGGAUCUUCCAGCGAGGACGAACCCGACCAAGAGCCACCGCCGCAGCCACCGCAGCAGCAGUCGCAGGAAAAACUGGACCACCAGGAUCAGCCCGAGCCAGAGGCUGCCGUCUCAGAGGAUCAGCCAGUUCCUUCGCCCAGCGCCAAAUCGCAGCCUAGCUCAUUUCUGUCUUCGGUGCGCAGCCGGAGCAACAGUCCGGCGGAUCAGCAGCUGUACAACCAGGCCGCCGUGGAUCUCAACAUUAGCCACGAGGAUCUCAGCGAUGUCAGCGACAUCGAGGCGGAGACGGAGAAGCGCGCCUCGUCAAAGAACUCAUCGCCGCGUCCAGUCGAUGAGGAGGAGGACGGGGCCAUAUCCAAUGACUCACUGCCAGGACCCGGAGAGAAGGAGGCCAAGCUGAAUGGCAAGGCUGCGGUUAGUGGUGGACAUGAGAAGGGGACAUCCGCCACCGCCAGGGAGUCCAAACCUGAAGAUGCCGCGUCGAACGGUCGAGCAGGAGGCGGCUUGGAAGAGGACUUGGUGAAGACGCACGACGACGACGCCCUGGACUUCGAAGCUGAGGAGGGCGAGUGCGCAGAACCGGUAGCGAAGGAGUCCGCAGACCAGCCGAAAGACGACACGAAAGCCAAUGAAUCAAACCAGGCCAAGGGCACGCCCAAGCCGGCACAGGACGACGACGACGAUGACGACGGCGAGGUGGAUGCCGAGGAGGGCGAAGAGAAGAGCAAGGAGGGCCAGAACGCCGCCGAGGAAAAUGGCAGUCUGGAGGAGGGAGAAGAAACCAGCAAGGAAAAGGAGAAAGAGAAGGCGAAGAAGAAGAAGGACGAGGAGGAGCUGGAGGAAGGCGAGGUGUCUGACGAAGACGAGAAACGCCCCGAAGAGACGGAGCCCAAGCCAGUCUGCCGGUUCUACACCCGCGGCCAGUGCACCUGGGGCAUGAGCUGUCGCUUCCUGCACCCGGGCGUCACCGACAAGGGCAACUAUACGAUGUUCGAGAGUCUGGUGCGUUCCGUGCCGAUGCAGGGUGGCGCCGCCAGUGGAUCCACGGCGAGCGGGUCGUCUACAUCCGCCGCAGCUGCUGCUGCCGCUGCGCGUUCAGCGGCGAGUGCCUACAGUGCCGCCCAUGCUGCAGCGGUGGCGGACUACCAUGACUAUAGGAACGAGCGUCCGGCUCUGCACCACCGCUCUGCCAUGCACCACCCGUCGAGUGUCUACGCUGGCCACGCGCACGAAUCCCGCGGCGGUAUGCUGCCGGACGGAGGGCCUGUCGUUGUGGAGAAUGCCUGGGAGCGCGGUCUGCGCACUGCCAAGGAGAUGAUGCGCAAGGCGAACAAACGCAAGGAGCAGGACAUGGACUUUGAGGACAAGAAGAUGAACCUUACCCUCUCGCCGGAUGAGCUCGAGAAGGAUCCGUACUACCUCAAGGAGCGUGCCGGGGCCAGCUCACCGCCGCCGCCUUCCCGAGGCGUGGAGCCGCCCAUGAAUCCCCACGGCAUGGCCAUGUCCAUGCACCCGCACGCCGGCCUGAGCCACGGCAAUCCCCGUGCCCUCCUUCCGAUGCAGUACUCGGUGUACGGUCCCAUGACGGAUCGCUACGGUCGCAGCCAGUACAUGCAUCAGCCGUACGAGGAUGUGGAUGUGUAUGGAAGGAUGGCGCGGUAUCGCGAACUGCCGCCGCACCGGAUGCCCCACUACGAGGACGACCGGCGAUUGCGGCCGGCGCGCGAGGUGAUUGUUCAGCGGGUGGAGGCCGCCGGACGCGGCGACGAGUGGAGCGAUCCCUGGAUGCGUUCCAAGUCCAUGGGCCGGGGAUCAUACGAGCGGGAAGACCGUCGACGCAGGGAGCGUCGCAGCUACAGCACCAACUCGUCCUACUCCACCACGAACAGCUCCCAGAGCGACUCCUCCGACAGCACCUCGCGAUCCAGCAGCCCCUCGGAGCACAAGCGGCGCUAUGGCGGCAGUUCCCACAAGGCAGCAGGUGCCCCUGGCGCCUCUUCGCGCCGGCAUUCGGGCCAUGGGCGCUCCGCCAGUCAGGCAGCCCGACGUCGUCACACAUCAAAGGGCAGCCACUCGCCGUCGUACAAGCGAGCUGCCAUGGAGCACAAGCGGCACAGUGGAGGUCACAGUCCCGCGUCCAAGCGGAAGAAGCUCUCAUCGCCUUCGCAGAAGAAGUUCGACAAGCUAAGGCGCCGGCACAGCUCCAGUUCAUCGGACUCAGAUUCAUCAGACACCUCGUACUCAGAAUCAGAGUCGGGCUCAUCCUCCUCGGACAGCUCGUCGGGAUCCCAGACGCCCCAGAAGCGAGUCCGCUCCACCGACAAGGCCCUGAACGAGCGUAAGCUGAUCAAGAAGCCCCCUGAGGUGCCCAGGAAGCGUUCGCCCAUUUCCAUUGAGAUUAAGAAAACGUCGAACAUGGUGGGUGUGUCGGCGCUGGCCUCGCCCAACUCAAUCGACUCCGAGAGGGAGAAGGAUCCUCACGGCAAGGACAACCACAGCAAGGAGAAGGAGCACAACAGCAGUAGCAGCGGCAGCGGCGGCAGAGACAAAGAAAAGGACAAGGACCGGGAGAAGGAGAAGGAGAGCAAGGAGCACGAUAAGGACAAUAAGGAUAAGGACAACAAGGAUGGAAAGAAGUCGCGCCGGGAAGAACUUCUGAAGCAGCUCCGUGCGGUCGAGGAUGCCAUUGCCAAGAAGCGCUCCAAACUGACCUAAUUAUUCCAGACAACCAUCCAUCCUAUUACGAGAACAAGCGCGUACCCAUUCUAUCCACCCUUCCAUCAUACUGAGUCCCCACUGUCCAGCUCUAAACCACCACCACCCCACCCCUUUUGGAUUCGAUUAAGUGUAUCCGGUUCUCCGGAUAUAGCCUCACCAAUCAACCUUAGUGGUUACAUAACAUUCGCAUCGUAUUUCGAUGGGGCAGCAGCAUGCAAAUUUCCAUAUUUCCACCGUGCCCCAAAAAAAAAACUGCAGUAAACUGCAGAAAACGUAGACUAUUAUGAUCAUAUUGUCGAAACUUUUUUUUUUCCACACCCCAGCUUUUCCUUUACCCAACCACAUCCGACUCCACCUUGACUUACCACCAACAAUGGAGCAUUAAAACAAGUUGUUUAUAAUAAUAGACUAUAAAUAAAAGCCAAGAAACAUAAAA